AUGGUCAUGCAGGCGUUUGAAAUCGCAUUAUCAUCAGCUUCGACGAAAUUAUUGCACUUGUUGUCUGUCGCGAUUGUCAUAUUAUCGGUUAGUACGGCAGAUGCCAAUAAGAAGUACAAUAUCUUGGCAAUGAUUCCGUGUAAUGGUAAGAGACACUUUUACGUCGCCGAAGUAUUGUUCGAAGAGCUAGCUCAGCGCGGACAUAAUGUGACUCUCCUUGGCCAUUAUCCAAAGAAAAAACCAAUUCCUAAUUACCAUGACAUAAGCAUGGAGAACGAGAUAGCAGAUGGCGUUUAUCAAAACGACAUGAAGGAUAUAUAUGCUCGAGAAACCAAUAUUAACAAAUGGCCGGUAAUAAACGUUACAAAUUGCAAAUUACUUGUCACUACAUUAAAAUUCUGCAUAAAAUUUUUCAGUGUUGGAUAUUACAAGGGGCUUUACACGCUUUACGAUAAACGCGGCGAACGCGUGGUAAGGCAACAUUUCGGCCUAGAUAUACCAAGUCUGCGUGACGCCGGAACCCUCGCGAGGAAGCCAAAAGCUCUGCCGGAGGAUUUGGAAGAUUGGGCGAGGGGUGCGCGGCAUGGCCUGAUCUACCUGAGCCUCGGCUCGAUGAUCAAUUCGUCGAGCGUGGCCGCGGACGAGAAGCGAACUUUCUUCGAGGCGUUCGCUCAACUGCCCCAGCGCGUGCUAAUGAAAUGGGAUGCGGAGACGAUGGCGGGGCUGCCGGAAAACGUGAGGUUGACCCGGUGGGCACCGCAGAACGACGUGCCUCAUCAUCCGAACGUGAGGCUGUUCAUCACCUACGGCGGAAUGCUCAGUAGCGUCGAGGCCGUCCACGCUGGAGUUCCGACCGUCAUCAUACCCUUCUUUGGCGAUCAACUGACUAAUGGGCUACUUCUGCACGACAGGAGCUUGGGUAUCGUUUUAAAUUACAGGCAUAAAACCAGGAACUCGAUCAGCAAUGCUCUCAGAGCCAUUCUGUUCGACCCUAGAUCCAUAGAAAGGCUAUUCAUAUAA